CCUGCUCGCCCGCUCGUCCGCUAUGUGGGGCCGUUUCCUGGCCCCGGAGGCUGGCGGCCGGGACAGCCCCGGCGGGGCCCGCAGCUUCCCUGCGGGCUUGGAUUAUUCAUCAGCAUGGUUACCUGGUAAUGAGUCAUUGUGGCAGGCCACAACUGUUGCAUCUAGCCAUCGAAAUAGCCAUAUCAGGAGACACAGUAUAACUUCUGACAGUGGAGACACUGGCAUUGGCACUUCCUGUUCUGACAGUGUGGAAGAUCACUCAACUUCAAGUGGCACACUGUCUUUUAACCCUAGUCGGUCAUUGGUCACUCUUCCCACUGCCCAUGUGAUGCCAUCCAACUCCAGUACUUCAAUUUCCAAACACAGGGACUCUCUGGCAUCAGAGGGCUCUAAAUGGAGUGCAAGCCUCCUGCAGACAUUGGGAGACCACAGGAGAGGGGAGCAGGACUCCUCACUAGACAUGAAAGACUUCCGGCCCCUGCGGAAAUGGUCAUCCUUGUCCAAACUUCCUGCCCAGGAGAACUGCAACCAGAGUGGCAUUGUAUGCACAGAAGAGUUGAGGAGUGAUUUGGAAAAGGCGGGGAAGGGCAGGGCUUUCCCAUCCCACUUAAGGACCUUUGGGCCUAGUUGCUUACAUGACAGUAUGGAGAUGCUUAAGCUCGAUGACAAGGAAAUAAGUAAAAAGCGCUCGUCAACCCUGGACUGCAAGUAUAAAUUUGAGAGCUACAACAAAGAGGACGUCAGAGCUGCUGCCUCUGCUCUCAGGAGACAGACCUUAGACAUGACGUACAGUGCCUUACCUGAGAGCAAGCCCAUUGUGACAGGCUCAGAGGCUUUUGAGUCUCCAAAGUAUUUAAUGCUUGGCCAGCAGGCAGUAGGUGGAGUCCCCAUUCAGCCUUCUGUGAGGACGCAGAUGUGGCUUACAGAGCAGCUACGGACAAACCCGUUGGAAGGCAGAACUACAGAGGAUUCUUACAGUUUAGCUCCUUGGCAACAGCCGCAAAUUGAAGAGUUUCAACAAGGAAGUGAAACGCCAAUGCAGGUUUUACCUGGAUCAUCUCGUCAGAGUUACUCACCUUCUGGCUUUCAGGAUUUCAGUAAGUGGGAAUCAGUGUUGAAAAUAAAAGAAGGACUUCUAAGGCAGAAGGAAAUUGUAAUUGAUAGGCAGAAGCAACAAAUUAACCACCUGCACGAAAGGAUAAGGGAUAAUGAACUGAGGGCACAACAAGCCAUGCUAGGACAUUAUGUAAAUUGUGAGGACUCUUACAUGAGCAGUUUGCAGGUAAGACUAGAGAACUCUUCAGUUCAGACUCCAUUUUCAGAGCAGUCACUGUCCCAUCCCCAACAGGAAGAACUGGAGCAAAAGCUAGCAUCGACUGAGAAGGAAGUUUCACAGCUCAAUGAGUUCCUCAAACAAAAACUAAACCAGUUUAGUGAGGAGAAGAAGAAGCUGGAGGAAAAGCUGAAAACCAGAGAUAGAUACAUCAACAGCCUGAAAAAGAAAUGCCAGAAGGAAUCUGAGCAAAACAAAGAAAAGCAGAGAAGAAUUGAGACCUUGGAAAAGUACCUGGCAGAUCUUCCAACUCUAGAUGAUGUACAGAGUCAGAGUCUACAGCUGCAAGUCCUUGAAGAAAAAAACAAGAAUUUGCAGGAGACUUUGAUAGACACAGAGAAGAAGCUUGAGGAGAUUAAGAAGCAAUGUCAAGAUAAAGAAAUGCAGCUACUGUGCCAGAAGAAGAAGGAAAAGGAGCUGGUGACUUCUGUUCAGAGUUUACAACAAAAAGUAGAAAAAUGCCUUGAAGAUGGAAUCCGCCUUCCCAUGUUAGAUGCAAAGCAGCUUCAAAGUGAAAAUGAUAAUCUCAGAGAGCAGAAUGCAACCGCUAGUAAGAUAAUAGAGAGCCAGCAGGAUGAAAUUAACAGAAUGAUUUUAGAAAUUCAGUCUAUGCAAGGGAGACUUUGUAAAGAGAAGCUGACUGCAAAGAGCAUGGUGGAGGAGCUAGGAAGGAAAGAAGGCAGCCACAGGGUAACAGAAGCCCUUCUCCAAAACCAAAGACAAAUAGGACAGACAUUCUCGUUACUGGACCAGGACCAGGAAGCAGAGCAGUCUGGGCUGCAGACCCUCCUUUCUAAGUGGCCGCUCUUUGAUCUGACUGUGAUUGACCAGCUCUUCAAGGAAAUGUCCUAUUGUUUAUUUGACUUGAAAGCAUUGUGUAGUAUUCUUAAUCAGCGAGCUCAGGGCAAGGAGCCUAACCUUUCAUUGUUACUGGGAAUCAGAUCAAUGAACUGUUCAGCUGAAGAGACUGAAAAUGACCACAGCCCAGAAGCGCUCACUAAAAAGCUCUCGGAUGUGUGCCAGUUACGGAGGGACAUUGAUGAAUUAAGGACUACAAUAUCAGACCGCUAUGCUCAGGACAUGGGAGACAACUGCGUUACCCAGUGAUCAAGUGUUGGUCCACAGCAACAAUGACCCGUUGUGAAA